CUUUUAAAGUGUUUUAAAAUAUUUUAAGAAUUAAAAAUUACUAAUCACAUUUGCAGGAAAUGUAUGAGAACUAUCAGUGCUGUCAAUACUUCAGCUUUAUGUGUAUGGAAUUUAUGAAAGUGAAUGGUAAAAGAUUUUCCUCCUGUCCUGAGUAUUCUAUACAGUAAUAAGAACAAAAAAGAAGAAGAAAAAUCAGGAACUAUACCUAACUAAGAGUCAUGUAAAAUCUUUAAAGAAUGAUAUAUUAUAGUCAUGUGUUCCCCUUUUAAUGUUGCUGUCAACUGCACACAAUUAUACCAGAUAGGAAGACCUAUACAGCAAUAUGAUUAUCCAUCUGAAAGCUCAUCGCCUUUUUCUGACAAUCGCUUACCACUUGUACAGAUAGUGGAACAGCCUGCUUCAAUAGGUGCUCGUUUCCGCUAUAAAUGUGAAGGACGAUCAGCUGGCUGCAUUAGAGGAGUCAGUAGUACUGAAAAAGAUAAAACUUUUCCAGCUAUUAAGAUUAAUGGUUAUCAAGGCAUUGCUGGAGUGGUUGUCUCCUGUGUGACAAAAGAUGGUCCGCCUUAUUACCCACAUCCACACAAUUUAGUUGGAAAAUUUUGCGCAAAUGGGGUUUGCUAUAAAUCAAUUGAAGAUGCUCAAGCAGUUUGCAACUUUCCUAAUUUAGGGAUUCAAUGUGUGAAAAGAAAGGAUGUUAAAGAUUCGUUACUGAGCAGAAAAGAACUGCAGAUUGAUCCUUUUGGAACUGGAUUUUCUCAUGUCAAAGAGCCCAGUAAGAUUAAUCUUAAUGCGCUACGACUGUGCUUUCAAGUGUUCAUUCCAGAUUCCAACGGAAAACUAACUGUCCCAUUACAUCCUGUCAUUAGUUGUCCAAUAUUUGACAACAAAACUGUGUCAGAUCUCACCAUAAUUCGCUUAAGUCACUACUGUGCUCCAGUUACCGGAGGACAAGAAAUUAUCCUGUUGUGCAAUCAAGUUAACAAAGAUGAUAUACAAAUAUUAUUUUAUGAAGAAUCCGGUUCUAACAUCAUUUGGUCUGGGCAAGGGCUGUUCUCUCCCCACCAUGUUCAUCGAAAAGCAGCAAUCACAUUUCGGACGCCAGUCUAUCGGGAUUGUGAGUUGCAAGGACGUAAUGUUGAAUGUUUUGUACAAUUGCGUCGACCAUCAGAUGGAGCUGUUGGCAAGGCUAGACCAUUUACCUUGUUACCGUUAACUAGAGAUCCUGAAGGUAUAGCUCGAAAACGCAGUAAAUUUGAAUCCUUGUGUUUGGAUAAACUUGUUCCACCCUCCAGUGUAUUGCACGCCCAUGAAGCAAGCAUCAUUUCUCCAAGAGUUAUUAAACAUGCUGUUAGAUCUAAGCCAAACCCAUCAAAUGGGAAUUGUGGAUGUGUUUCGCAGCCAACACAGCUACUGCAUCAGGCCUCUAACCAGGAUCAUAGCUGCCUAAAUUAUAGUAAAGCAUCUACAAAUAAUAUUAAUGAUGACAAUAUGCAUUUUAAGCAAAAUGAAUCGAAAGUGAACUCUCCAGAAAGUGUACAAAGGUAUGUCGUCGGUCAAAGUCGAAGUGAUUUGUUAGAAAUUGCUGCUGUGCAGUUGGAUGAAACUUCUUCUCAUACCCCGUGUGAAAUUUCCUGUGAUGAAACAUUUGAUAAACUAAGCAGCCUUGAUUUAGGUUUAGACAGUGACAUUGUUGAUUUAAGCAACAUUUUGUUGGAUUCAUUUUCCGAAUCAUCUGGACCAAACAACUCAGCACAAUGCGUUGAUGUGCGGAAUCCAGCAUAG